AUGCCUAGGCAAAUCCUGGUCAGUAUCAAAAUUCCAUGUUUUAUCAUAUGUUACCUGCCCUUUUCUUUUCUUUUUUUCAGCUCGACUCAACUUCUCCUACAUCCUUCAAUUAUGUACGCCAAUGCGUCUCUGCAAUUCUCAUCUGUUCUUGCUUUUCUUGCCCCCAUCCCCAUCCCCAUCCCUCAACUAUGCUUUCUUCAGAGGAAAAGACCCCGUUGCAGAAUCGCCUGCGUCUCCACCCCCCCGCCACGCAAGAGCAAAUCGAGCACCAAGUUUACAGAAGGGACCAGCUCCUCCGACGCCGAAGAACUUGUUCGUCGGCUAAUUCGGAAUUUCGACGACAAGAGACCCUUACUCUCCACACUCAACAAGUAUGUUAAGUUUAUCAGGACAGAACACUGCUUUCUUCUCUUUGAAGAGCUCGGCAAGACCGAUAAGUGGUUGCAAUGCCUCGAGGUCUUCAGGUGGAUGCAAAAGCAACGGUGGUACAUAGCUGAUAAUGGGGUCUAUUCAAAGUUAAUAUCAGUUAUGGGGAAGAAAGGCCAAACUCGGAUGGCCAUGUGGCUCUUCUCAGAGAUGCGCAACAGUGGCUGCCGUCCAGACACUUCAGUUUAUAAUGCACUCAUCACUGCCCAUCUCCACUCUCGUGACAAAUCCAAGGCUCUAGCCAAAGCUCUUAGCUACUUUGACAAGAUGAAGGGAAUGGAACGGUGCAGACCUAAUGUUGUGACCUACAACAUUCUUUUAAGAGCUUUUGCUCAGGCCAGAAACAUUGAUCAAGUCAAUGCUCUGUUCAAGGAUCUCGACGACAGCAUUGUCACCCCUGAUGCCUUCACCUUUAAUGGCGUGAUGGAUGCCUAUGGGAAGAAUGGUAUGAUCAGAGAGAUGGAGUCCACUCUCUCCCGCAUGAAGAGUAAUCAAUGUAAGCCAGAUAUUAUCACUUUCAAUUUGCUGAUCGAUGCAUACGGUAGGAAGCAGGAAUUUGACAAGAUGGAACAAGUUUUUAGGAGUUUACUGCGUUCCAAGGAGAAACCAACUCCUCCUACUUUUAAUUCGAUGAUCACAAACUACGGGAAAGCACGGCUUAGGGAGAAAGCAGAGCACGUUUUCAAGAAAAUGAGUGAUAUGGGUUAUGCUCCGAGCUUUAUUACCUAUGAAUGCCUGAUCAUGAUGUAUGGAUAUUGUGACUGUGUUGCAAGGGCUAGGGAAAUUUUUGAUGAUAUGGUUAUGGUUGCGUCUGGAAAAAAAAUCAAGGUUUCCAGUCUAAAUGCUAUGCUUGAAGUUUACUGCAUGAAUGGUUUAGCAAUGGAGGCAGACAGGCUGUUCCACAGUGCCCGAAACAGUGCCAAGCUUUCUGUAGAUUCCUCAACAUAUAAACUUCUCUAUAAGGCUUACACUAAAGCUAACAUGAAGGACCUUUUACAAAGGUUACUGACACAGAUGAACACAGAUGGUGUCAUCCCUAAUAAGAAGUUCUUCCUGGAUGCUUUGGGAGCCUUUGGGACUUCCUCACCUGCAAGGCCCGAGUCUUCUGAUUGAUAUGGCAGAAGUCUUAGGUCUUGUCUUUUUAUUUUUUAUUUGACCAAGCUCAAAUUGGGAGUGGGCUUUUAUCUAGAUUGGUGAGAGUUGAACACCAGAUUAUUGCACUGCUGGGUCUAUCUUGUUUCCCAAGUUACAUAUGGUAUGCAUUUCUUGCUUUU